AUGAGCUACUACAGCGGCAACUACGGAGGCCUGGGCUAUGGCUAUGGAGGCUUUGGAGGCCUGGGCUACGGCUAUGGAGGCUUUGGAGGCCUGGGCUGUGGAUGCUUCGGAGGCUAUGGAUAUGGCUCUGGCUUUGGAGGCUAUGGCUAUGGUUGCCGCCGCCCUUCUUGCUGUGGAGGAUAUAGGUUCUCCAGCUUCUACUGA